AUGGUGGAGAUAAGACCAUAUUGCCACAGUGAUGAGAGCUUUGCCUUGAUAAAAUUCAAGGAAAGCUUUACCAUCAAUCGUUCUGCAUCUAGUUAUCCCUCCGCUUAUUCAAAAGUUUCGUUGUGGAAGCCUGAAAGCCGCGAUUGCUGCAGGUGGUGCGGUGUUAAGUGCAAUAAGGACACGGGUCAUGUGAUUAGUCUCGACCUGAGCAGCAGCUAUCUUUAUGGCUCUAUCAACUCCAGUAGCAAUCUCUUCCAGCUUGUUCACCUCCAAAGCCUUAAUCUUGCCGAUAAUCACUUUAAUUAUUCUCGAAUUCCAACUGGUUUUAGACAACUUUCGAGGCUAACAAACCUGAAUCUCUCUUACUCUGCAUUUUCUGGCCAGAUCACUUCAGAAAUUUUAGAGCUCUCUAACUUAAUUUCCCUAGAUCUCUCAAGUAAUUCAUUAUUGAAGCUCCAAAAGCCUGGGCUCACAAGUAUAGCUCGCAAGUUAACAAACUUGAAAGAACUACAUCUUAGUGAGGUUGACAUAUCAUCCACUGUACCCAAUAUCUUGGCAAACUUAUCUUGUCUAACAUCCCUUAUUCUAGCAAAUUGUGGCUUGCAUGAUGAGUUUCCCACAGGAAUUUUUCAUCUACCGAAUCUUCGGUCUCUUGAUGUGAGCGACAAUACAAAUCUCACCGGAAUAAUGCCAGAAUUUAACAGGAGUAGCCCCCUCGAAUCAUUGGCACUUUCUACGACGAGUUUCUCCGGUGAGAUACCGGACUCAAUUGGUAAAUUGAAGUCCCUAAAUUAUUUUGAUGCCGAAGAAUGCAAUUUCUUUGGACCAAUGCCGUCUUCACUUUGUAAUCUUACCCAACUAAUCUCUCUACGACUAGCAGGUAAUUCGUUGCAUGGUUCAAUUCCACAUUCAAUAUCUGGGCUUCUGAGUCUUAAAUAUUUUGAUCUAUCUUAUAAUCACUUGAGUGGCACGGUGGAAUUUGACUUGUUUUUGAAACUCAAAAACCUCACUCAUCUCAUUCUAUCUAAUAACAAUAUUUCAUUGCUUACAAAGCCAAGUACCAAUGCAACUCUUCCAAAAUUUGAAGCUUUAUUUCUAGGUUCCUGUGACUUAAGUGAAUUCCCAGAUUUUCUAAAUAACCAAGAUGAGUUGUUGUAUUUGGAUCUUUCUCUCAACAAGAUUUAUGGCCAAAUUCCAAAAUGGAUGUGGAAUUUAAGUAAAGAAACUCUCUUUGAGUUAUAUUUGGAUUCCAACUCUCUAACUGGUUUUGAUCAACUUCCAGUUUUUCCCACCAGGACUAAUCUAAAGAUUUUGGAUCUUAGUUCUAACAAGCUUCGAGGUUCACUCCCAAUCCCACCACCUUCUAUUCUUUGGUAUUCAGUCUCAAACAACACACUGACUGGAGAAAUCCCACAUUCAAUUUGCAAUCUCACUUCAAUUCUUAUUCUUGAUUUGUCAAGCAAUUACUUGAGUGGUUUGCUUCCACAAUGUUUAGGCAACUUGAGUGAUUCUCUCAUCGUUCUAAAUCUACACGACAAUAACUUCCAUGGAACUAUUUCUGAAAUAUUUGCAAAAGGAAAUUAUUUGGAGAUGAUUGAUUUUAGCCAAAAUCAAUUACAUGGGUAUCUACCAAGAUCAUUUGCCAAUUGUACAAGGCUUGAAUCUCUUAAUCUGGGAAACAAUCAGAUGAAUGAUACUUUCCCCUCUUGGCUAGGCAUUCUUACAGAGUUGAGGGUUCUCAUUUUGCGAUCUAAUGGAAUCUAUGGUGCAAUGGGAAGUCCUAAUAGCAGUUUUGAUUUCCCAAACAUACGCAUCAUUGACCUCUCACAUAAUGACAUUACUGGUGAGUUGCCCUCUCAAUACUUCCAAAAUUGGAAAGCCAUGCGAAGCGUUGAGGUAAAUGGUUUAAUGUACAUGCAAUCAAAUGUCUAUUCGACCUACAUCUACUCAAUGACAUUUAUCAACAAAGGCACGAAGAUUGUAUAUGAAAGAAUCUUAGUUUUCUUCAUGGCUAUUGAUCUCUCGAGCAACAAUUUCAAAGGGGAAAUUCCAGAAGUCGUGGGGCAUCUGAAAGGACUUAAAUUGCUCAACCUUUCUAACAACUUUCUUACAGGUCCUAUACCAUCUUGCUUGGGGAACUUAACGGAGCUAGAAUCAUUGGAUCUCUCUCAAAACAAGCUGGACAAUGUGAUCCCUUUUCAACUCACGCAAUUGACUUUCCUUGAAUCCUUUAAUGUCUCCCAUAAUCUUCUCAUAGGACCUAUACCGCAAGGGAAUCAAUUUGGCACAUUUUCUAACAGUUCGUUCAGUAAUAAUCCUGAAUUAUGUGGAAGCCCUUUGUCAAAGAAAUGUGAAAAUUCCAAGGAUGCACCUCUUCCACCUUUAACCUUUGAAAGGGAUCAAAGUUCAGAUUCUAUAUUUGAAUUCAGUUGGAAAGUUGUUGCGAUUGGAUAUGGAUGUGGAUUCAUGGUUGGACUUGUUCUCUGGCAAAUUAUGAUAAGGAAGAAGCAUGAUUGGGUUAUGAAGACUUUUGCAAUUGGGCAACCAAAACCAAGAAGGGUGGAUUGGAGGAGGGGACAGAGAAAUUAA